CAAUGGAGAAAAGUGCGGAAGUGCUCGAAGAAAAGAAAAUGGAUGAAAAUCAAGAAGUUGUCGAAGCUGCUUCUGACGAAGAGCAAGAAGUAAAUGCUCCCGAGGCGGCAAAGAAGAAGAAAAAGCCCAAGAAGCCCAAAAACAAAGCAAAGAAAACAGAAGAAUCUGGUGACGCGAAACAACCCGCAAAACCAGAGGAAAAGGAAAACGUGAAUGGCGACGAGGACAAAGACGACGACGAAGCAGCUGACGAUGCCGCUGCCGGCGAAGGUGCCAAGGACAAGAAAAAGAAGAAGCCGAAGAAGAAAAAGGGCGCAAAUAGUGGCGGCGGCGGCGGCGCAACUUUUCCCGGAGGCAAACAAACAAAUCCUCCGUCAAUUCCAAUUUCGCAGCUUUUCCCCGACGGAAAUUUCCCCGAGGGCGAAAUCAUGAAGCAUCCCGUGCCACAAGGCGUCGACGAACGUACUGCUGUCGAUCGUUUCACGAGCGAGGAAAAGCGGAAUUUGGAUCGGUUGCAUUUGGAUAUUUACAACGAGUUGCGACACGCGGCGGAGGCGCAUCGACAAACGCGAAAACACAUCCAAAAGUUCAUCAAGCCCGGCAUGACAAUGAUUCAGAUUUGCGAGGAGCUCGAAAAUACCGCGAGAAAGCUAAUUGGCGAAAAUGGUUUGGAAGCUGGUUUGGCUUUUCCAACGGGUUGCUCACGAAAUCAUUGUGCGGCGCAUUAUACGCCGAAUGCAGGAGAUCCAACGGUUUUGGAGUAUGACGACGUUGUCAAAUUCGAUUUUGGCACGCAUAUCAAGGGACGCAUCAUCGAUUGUGCGUGGACUCACGCAUGGAACCCAAAGUACAACAAACUCAUGGAAGCCGUCAAGGAAGCGACAAAUGCCGGAAUUCGCGAAGCCGGUAUCGAUGUGAGACUUUGCGACAUCGGCGCCGCCAUCCAAGAAGUCAUGGAAUCGUACGAAGUUGAAAUUGACGGCAAAACGUAUCAAGUGAAGGCAAUUCGCAACCUCAACGGGCACUCCAUCUCGCCGUAUCGCAUCCAUUCGGGCAAAACGGUCCCGAUUGUCAAGGGCGGCGAAACUACGCGCAUGGAAGAAAACGAAUUUUAUGCCAUCGAAACGUUCGGAUCGACAGGGCGCGGAAUUGUCCAUGACGACAUGGAUUGCUCGCAUUACAUGAAGAACUUUGAGACGCCGUACGUUCCGUUGCGCUUGCAAUCGUCCAAAGCACUGCUCACGACAAUUAACAAGAACUUCGGAACACUUGCCUUCUGCAAACGUUGGCUCGAUCGUGCGGGCGCCACGAAAUACCAAAUGGCGCUCAAGGAUUUGUGUGAUAAGGGAAUUGUCGAGGCGUAUCCGCCAUUGUGUGAUAUCAAGGGAUGCUAUACGGCACAAUAUGAGCACACAAUUAUGCUGCGCCCGUCAUGCAAGGAAGUUGUGUCACGCGGCGACGAUUAUUAAAGUAGCUCUCGAGGAGAUUUUUAACGUUAUUUGUUCCCGAAAUGCGGGAAUUUUCAUCCGAUUUUCAUUUUUUUUCUUUUCUUUUCUUGCUCUGUAUUGUAAAAAUCCAUUUGAAGUUUUUAAUUGGAAUAAAUUUUGAAGAAUUUUC